UAAAAGCCUGCCACCAAAAACACACCUUCUCAGAAAAGGUUGUGCAGCUUAUUUCCUUUUUUUCCUGUUGUUAAAAAGUUUAAAUUCCUAUUUAAAGGUUCAGAAAAGUGUGAGGAGGAGCCUCAGUCAGUUAUUUACUGCUCUUAGCUUGGUAGUCUAGAUGGUAUGUGGAACAUUCUGUGACAUCAGAGUUUCACGUCAUAAAUCUUUGCCACAGAAUGAGAUGUGCUCAGUUUGACCUUAACAAAAGGUUUAGCAAGAGAGGAGACAUGCUGUACACAGACCUCAGGCUGAGGAUGCUGAUGCUGAUAUGGAUUACAGUCGUGCUUUAUAAUAAACUUGCAGAUUCUGCACAGACAAACCUCGUCAAUCAGCCAAACCCAAUUAUCACUGCCCAUGUUGGUGAAAACGUGACUCUGCACUGCUUUCGACUGGGAGAGAAAGUUACAGAAGCCAUUUAUUGGUUUAAGCAAAAAAUCGGUCAUGAGCCUUGGGUAAUUGUCAAAGUCCAUCAUGAACCCACUUACGAAGAUGAGUUCCAGCCACCAAAAUUCACUAUCGAGAAAGAAAAAACGAGCUGCCAUUUAAAAAUUGCGAAUGUGGAAGCAUCAGAUGAAGCCAUGUAUUACUGUGGUAUUCUAAGCUAUGUAAAAGAAUUUGGAAAAGGAACAUAUUUAUCAGUGAAAGGUAAUGAAGAUGUAAAUGUCAUGGUGUGGCAGCGCAGCGUGAUGGACCCGGUUCCUGCAGGAGCCUCAGUGACUCUGCAGUGCUCGGUUCUCUCUGAGAGCAGAGCAGCAGAACUCCAAGUGCUCUGGUUCAGAGCUGCUCCACCACAAUCCCAUCCUCAAAUCAUUUACACUCAUCACAACAGCAGCCAUCAGUGUGAGAGCGGCUCUUCUACACACACCUGUGUGUACAACUUCACCAAGAACAUCCUCAGCCUCAAUGAUACUGGAACUUACUACUGCGCUGUGGCCCUGUGUGGGAAGAUCAUAUUUGGGAACGGGACACAAGUACAGCUGGAAAGAUCUCUGGGUCCUGUAGUGAUCUACCUCGCUGUAGCUUUAGCAGUGUGUGUGGUUGUGAUCUUUGCUUUGAUCUUUAUCUUAAGCUGUGAAGGGAGAAACGAUGAACAACACAAAGUGAGAUUAAAACCAGGUUCUGUGACAGACAAGACUCUCAAUCAGGACUGUGACACUGUGGAGGUGAAUUACGCUGCCAUACGUUUCAAUGAGAGGAGAGCCAAAAGAGGAAGAGUCAAGAAACAAACUCAAGAUAUCAUAUAUUCUGAUGUACGAGGUCUUUCAAUAACUUAGAUUUGAUCUCUAAACUGAUUCAGUGUCAUUAUUUCUGUUAUCAGAUUUAAUUAUUACUGUGGAAAUAUCAUUUUAUAAUGAUUGUACAGGCGUGUAAUUUUGUUGUUUUUUUAACAAAAACAGAAAAUCUGACAUAUUAUCUAAGUAAUAAAACACAUGAUGUUGUGUGUAAAAUAAUCAGUGAUGUUGAAGUGUGAUGCAGCCUGACAGAAAGGAAGCAGUAUGAGGUAAUUUUUUUGUCUGGUGGUCACAUGAUAAUGAUGUGAUUUACAGAAUUAUAGCUGAAUUUGAAGAAAAAAUAUAAUUACACAAAGUAUUAGUUCAUCAAUCUCAGGAAAACACUAAUUUUAUCUAUCUAAUUGUCAUUUUUCUUUGCUCACAAUUUUGCUUUCAAAUGAGUAUCAUGGAAGGGGAGAGCGUUGAGCAUUAAAUUAGCAAAUACAAAAAUUUUGGUUAAUUUGCCUCCUUGAUAAUGACAGGAAAACCUUCAGGACAUUGAUAUUAUUUAAAUGUAUUUAUUCUAAUGAAUAAUUUACUUCCCAUUUCUACUUAGUGCAACUGGGUUGUACUCUCAAAGUGACCUUAUCAGUCAAUAUUACAUUAUCACUGAAAAUA